CGCAAAAAUUGAUGGAAUGUUCUGAUGGCUGCAUCGCAUGGGUGCAAAAGUUGCGCAGAGCAGAUGAAGUGAUGAUAACAGUGCUUGGGCACAAAGGCGAGGCCACAGGGCGAGUGUUCUAGUCACGAGACUAACCAUUGAGGCGCCCACAUGAGUCCAAUUCAGAUUUUGAAAAAAGCUAAAGUACAUGGGUGAAUCUCUUACUGAGUGAAUGCAAACAACAAGAUUCGAGUGGUGGGGAAGAGCCACGCUGACGCUUGGUGUGGCGCGAUCGGUGCUGAAAAAUACGCACACGAGGAAGGCCGCACUCGCUUUCGUUCCUUCACAUUCGGAGAGCAAGGGCUCGCAAAGGACCAUCAGAGCUCCGAAGAACUCCAUUACUCUUGAUACCAACUUAAGGUUGAGCUUUGGCGGCAUACAGACGGUACGGUGCAGCGUUCGGCUGGGUGUAACAAGCGCCACGGAAGCCAGGUCCAGACGUGGACCCUCGACACUUCCUGACGUAAAAUUCUCUCUACACCAGCUUCACGACCACAACCUUCACUUUUCAACGCGAGGCUGUGAAAAGAGACCCCUGCUAUUGUGCCUACUGUCAGGGAGCUCCACAGUCAUACUUUGCCCGUCCCUUGGCUGCCGCUCAACACAAACACGGCUAUCAUAGGUAUAUCGCGAGGUUAUUCAGCAAUCCUCGCCAUCG